UAUCCGCCAACAACAACAACCACAGUUACAAUCAGAGGGAGUUUUCUACUUGAGUGACCUGAGAAAAAAAAAGAAAAAAAAAAUGGUUCUGAUUUAGGGUUUCUCAUCAAGAAAGCUCUCUCCUUUUUUACACCAAAUCGAUCCAUUUCUAAAAAGGAUUUGAUUUUUAUAUGUUUUUUCUUGCGGGGCGGCUUGGAACACUAGAAUUUAUUAAAUGGGUUCGUCAUUUUCAGGUAUUCUUGCUUGCUGCGUCAUCAUGAACAAGUUUAGGGCUGUGAUUUAGUGCUGUGGGGUUUUCCUUUUGCAAAAUUCAAUGGUGCCAGAAGGCUAGUGAAAUAUGGAGGGUUUCCAGACUAUCAGUUGUCUAAAGGGUUUGCUAGGCCAUCAGUUCUUGUUAUUUAUUGUUUGGUUAUCCAGUUUCCAAGUAGCUGUGGCAUUGCAGACCCUGCUUGAGCCUAAUCAUGUUUCUUCUACAUCUGAGCUAGGCACUCCACCUAUUUCUGGAAUUUUUGGACCUAUUGAAAUAUCACCUUCUGUCUUCCCACGCUAUCCUUAUCCUGGCGAGAAUUUAGCUCCUAUGUACCCAACUUUUCCCACCACAUAUGAGCCAAAUUUAACCGGGAAAUGCCCUGUAAAUUUCACUGCUAUGUCAAAUGUCAUAGACAGAACCGCAUCUGAUUGCUCUCAACCCUUGGCAGCUCUUGUAGGAAAUGUAAUAUGCUGUCCACAGCUUGGUAGUUUGCUCCACAUUUUCCAGGGUUAUUUCAGUGGCAACUCUGAUAAGUUGGUUGUGCAGAAUGCAGUGGCUGAUGAUUGUUUUUCAGAUAUCAUUAGUAUACUAGCAAGCAGAGGGGCGAAUAUCACUAUACCUACACUUUGCUCUGUUAAAUCGUUAAAUCUUACUGGUGGGUUGUGUCCUGUGAAGGAUGUUGUUAACUUUGAGAAAAUAGUAAAUACUAGCAAAUUACUGGAAGCCUGCAGUACUGUCGAUCCUCUUAAAGAGUGUUGUAGACCAAUUUGCCAAUCUGCAAUCAUGGAAGCUGCUCUUGAGAUUUCCGGGACACAAUUGACAAUCAAUGAUAAUAAAGAUUUGGUGACUGUGCCUAAUCAUAAUGAUCCUCUUAGUGAUUGUAAAGGGGUGGUAUUUUCAUAUAUCUCUAGGAAGCUAUCAGCAGAUGGUGCAAAUAGUGCAUUCCGGAUAUUAUCUGCCUGCAAAGUUAACAAGGCUUGUCCUUUGAAUUUCACACAGCCAUUAGAAGUUAUUAAAGCAUGUCGCAAUUUAGCUGCUCCCAAUCCCUCCUGUUGUAGCUCAUUAAAUACAUACAUUGCUGGGAUCCAAAAUCAAAUGUUAAUUACAAACAAACAGGCGAUAAUCUGUGCAACAGUUUUGGGGUCCAAGUUACGACAAGGCGGGGUCAUGACAAAUGUUUAUGAGCUUUGUGACAUUGACUUGAAAGAUUUUAGCAUACAAGCAUAUGGACAACAAGGGUGUCUACUUCGAAGCUUGCCUGCCGAUGUUAUAUUAGACAAUUCGACAGGGUUCAGCUUUACAUGUGACUUGACCGACAACAUUGCAGCUCCGUGGCCAUCAUCAUCCUCCGUGUCAUCUGUGUCUCUUUGUGCCCCAGAGAUGUCCUUGCCUGCCUUGCCUACAUCACAGAUCAGAAACCCUGGCAAUCGUGGUGGUGAGUUGGAGCUGCUGGUACCCAUUUUUUCAUUUUUUAUUUUCAGUGCAUUGGUGUACUGAAGAGAUUAGUCAAGGGCUUGAACCGGUUUGAAAUAGGUGGUGGUGUCUCUGGAAAUUUAACCUUGUGUGGGAAUUUUACUUGUAUAUUUUGAUGAGCAGCCUUCUUCAUGUAUAGCAGCUUUUCAUUUUUUUUUCCUUUUAUUUUUAAAGCUAUUUUUGAUGGUUAUUGUUGAAAAAGACUUUAUUGAUAUUUUAAUGGAAAAUUUUCUGUGGGUGUCAUCUGU